CCGUGCAGCACUGCGGCCUUUCUUUUCUUCUUCCGGUCCCAAGCUUGGCGGUAGCGGAUUACGGUGCAGAUAUGGCCAAGUCCAAGAACCACACCACGCACAACCAGUCCCGAAAAUGGCACAGAAAUGGCAUCAAGAAACCUCGAUCGCAAAGAUACGAAUCUCUGAAGGGGGUAGAUCCCAAGUUCCUAAGGAAUAUGCGUUUUGCCAAGAAGCACAACAAGAAGGGCCUGAAGAAGAUGCAGGCAAACAAUGCCAAGGCCAUGAGUGCUCGCGCUGAGGCUAUCAAGGCCCUCAUCAAACCCAAGGAGGUCAAGCCCAAGAUGCCAAAGGGUGUGAACCGCAAGCUAGCUCGACUUGCCUAUAUUGCCCACCCCAAGCUCGGGAAGCGUAUCCGUGCCCACAUUGCCAAGGGUCGCAGGCUUUGCCGGCCAAAGGCCCAAGUUCCAACCAAGGCCCAGGAUCCAACCAAGGCCCAAGAGCCAGCCAAGGCCCAGGUUCCAGCCAAGGUCCAAGCGCCAUCCAAGGCCCAGGCUCCAGCCAAGGCCCAGGCUCCAGCCAAGGCCCAGGCGCCAGCCAAGGCCCAGGCACUAGCCAAGGCCCAGGCUCCAACCAAGGCCCAGGCUCCAGCCAAGGCCCAGGCUCCAGCCAAGGCCCAGGCUCAGGCUGCCACUCCAGCUUCUGCUCCAGCUCAGGCUCCCAAAGGUGCUCAGGCCCCUGUAAAGGCUCCACAGUAAAUGCCUCUAUCUCCCAGUGCGAGGACAGGAGGACUGGUGUGACCCCUGGGCUGCCAUCUAUAGAGGGCUGGUGUCCUCCUGUGCUCUUUGUACAAAUAAACCUGAGGCAGGAUCUUUUAGCCUG